AGCGUUUUCAUAACUAAUCAACAACGCGUUAAACUGACAGCCCUAAUUAAAAUACAUUGAGAUCAGUCCUAAAUCUCAGCAUGUGUACAGCUGCUGAUUUUCUGAAACAGUAGACUAUGUGCCCCCAGUGGUCAAGGGAAAGUCUAGUCAGGCGUUACUGAAGACCGCAGCUCAGAAAAGCAGGUCUUGGCGGUUCAAAGAGGCUCGAGAAAAUAUUACUGUACACAGACAAUAAUGCUCGUUUAUGUCUAUCUACUGUCAUAUUUGUCAGAAGUCAGAGCAGGUUCUCACUCGCUGAUGGCGUUUGCAACAUAUAUAAUCGGACAGACACCAUUUCCUGAGUUCAGUGCUGUAGUGAUGCUGGAUGAUCUUCAAGUGAUGUACUAUGACUCGAUCACAUGGCAAGUUGUCCACCGUUCUUAUAAUGUUUCAACACUCUACCAUGAAGAGAAAAGUGAUGCUGGUGUUAUAUUUCGUGAUAUGUACAACGACAUGAGAAUUCGAGCAUUUUAUCUUAAGGAGCAUCUAAAUCAAACAGACGGUGUACAUGUUCACCAGAGACUUGCUGGAUGUGAAUUGUUGAACGAUGAUAAACCAGGUCCACUUCAGACAUGGGAUGCUUUUGAUCAACAACGUAAAGAGGAGUUCAUUUUCAACAAGGAGAAAAAUCAUUUCCAGAUUGAAUUACCAUGGAUAAUGUGGGACAAUUUACAGUUCAUUCAUAUGAAAUUUUUAUAUAAGAAUGUAUAUUAUCCUGUUUGCAUUAAAGCUUUGCAGGGUUACCUGCAAGUGAAAAAGAACAAUGUAAUGAGAAAAGUGAAACCCAGAGUCAGACUCAUGAGGAAGAUGCUCCCAGACUUUCAAGGGCUUCAGAUCAGCUGUCUGGCCACUGGUUUUUAACCAAUCAACCAAUUUGACACAGGUGUGUUAGAGCACAGGGUCCACACAAUAUGAUCUAUAGUGAAUGAUUUAGUGUUUAUGAAC